AUGAUAAAUUAAAAAAAAUAUUUCGACAAUCUAGAAAACUUUUUAAACUCUUCACUUUAAUCUCAUUAGUUUCUCCAUAUUUAUUUGAGUGAAAAUUUUUUUGGUGAUGAAGGAACAACAAGCUUAGGUAUUGCUUUAGCGAAGUGUACUAAUCUCUCAAUUUUAACACUUACUCUUCUUUCCUAUUAAAUUGGUGAUGUAGGUGUAUCAAGCUUAGGUUCUGGUUUAGAAAAUUGCAUUUAUCUUUCAAAUUUGGAAUUUAAUCUUUCUAACAAUUAAAUUGGUGAUGAAGGUGCAUCAAGCUUAGGUUUCAGUUUAGGAAAGUGCACCAAUCUCUCAAAUUUGAUACUUAAUUUUAUUGAUAAUAAAAUUGGUGCAAUUGGUGCAUCAGGCUUAGGUUGUGGUUUAGCAAAUUGCACUAAUCUCUCAAAUUUAUCACUUUUUCUUGGGUGGAAUUAAAUUGGCGAGGAAGGUGCAUCAGGCUUAGGUUCUAGUUUAGCAAAUUGCACUAAUAUCUCAAAUUUGAGACUUGAUCUUGAUCACAAUAAAAUUGGUGCAUUUGGCGUAUCAGGUUUAGGUUCUGGUUUAGUAAAGUGCACUAAUCUCAUAAAUAUGAUACUGAUCUUUCAUAGCAAUUAAAUUGGUGAUGAUGGUGUAUUAGGCUUAAGUUUUGCUUUAGGAAAGUGCACUAAUCUCUCAAAUUUAACACUUAAUCUUUAUAACAAUUAAAUUGGUGCAAUUGGUGCAUAAGGAUUAGGUUCUGGUUUAUUAAAUUGUUCUAACCUCUCAAAUUUGAUAGUUAAUCUUCGUAAAAAUAAAAUUGAUGCAAUUGGUGUAUCAGGCUUAGGCUAAGGUUUAGUAAAUUGCACUAAUCUCUCAAAUUUGGCACUUAUUCUUCCUUACAAUUAAAUUUGUGCAAUUGGUGCAUCAGAUUUAGGUUCUGAUAUAAGAGGAAAAGUGAGGUCUGGGGCAACAUUUUUUUAGACUAGCUUUUUUUAACACAUUUAUAUAAUAAUAAUUUAGAAUAUUUUUACUGAGAAAAUAAAUACUGAAUAAAAAUUCAUUUUCAAAAUUGCACUUAACAUUUUAGAAUGGUUUUUGAUGAGAAAAUAAAUACUGAAUAAAAAUUCAUAUUCAAAAUUGCACAUAAUUGACAUUUUAGAAUAAUUUUUACUGAGAAAAUAAAUACUGAAUAAAAUUCAUAUUCAAAAUUGCACUUGA